UCCUCUGUGUGUCUGGAAGGACUUUCUCUUGGACUGGACAAAAAGGGGGAUGGCAAACAUGGAGGAAACAGCCAAUGGGAUGUGCAGUACCUUUGGCAUCAAUUUCUACAUCAACCAGUUGCUUUAAAAUGCUCUCUGAGAAAGUACAGUCACUUCUGUCCCUCUAAAUCAAUGCUACAGUAUUAUCUUCAUUAUAUUUCACCUCUGCCAACAUCUCAAGUAAACCAAGGACCCCCGUGGAUUUGGUACCCUCCUUUUGAGCCUGGAGAUCACCACUUCGAACCACUUCAGCAACAACAUGACCAAAACGGAAACCUGGACUGAGCACAUAGCCGGCGGUAAGCAGCAGCUGAAUGGAGGUGCCAUGGCAGAAACGUCGACGGUGGAGGAUGUUUUUGACGACACCUACAAAGAGAAAAAGGGUCCCAGACCGCCGAGGAUGCUGGUGUGGAGAAAUAUCAUAAUGAUGACCCUCCUACAUAUUGGUGCGCUGUAUGGACUGCUUCUGCUUCCGUCUGCCUCGUUUUUAACUCUUGUGUGGACUGUAGUGUGUUACCUCUUUAGUGGGCUCGGCGUGACUGCAGGCGUGCACAGAUUAUGGAGCCACAGAUCCUAUAAGGCUUCUUUUCCCCUGAGAGUCUUCCUUGCUCUUGGCAACUCCAUGGCCUUUCAGAAUGACAUAUAUGACUGGGCCAGGGACCAUCGUGUUCACCACAAGUUCUCAGAGACAGAUGCCGACCCUCACAAUGCCACACGGGGGUUCUUCUUCGCCCACAUUGGUUGGCUCCUGAUCCGUAAACAUCCUGACGUCAUUGAAAAGGGCAAAAAACUGGAUCUGUCGGACCUCAAAGCAGAUAAAGUCGUUAUGUUUCAGAGACGACACUACAAACUCUCUGUGGUGAUCCUGUGCUUCCUUGUGCCCACAUUGGUGCCCUGGUACUUCUGGGGUGAGUCCUUGGCUGUGGGAUACUUUGUGCCAGGACUCCUGAGGUAUGCUGUGAUUCUCAACGCCACUUGGCUGGUCAACAGCGCAGCACACAUAUGGGGCAACAGGCCAUAUGACAAGAAUAUAAACCCCAGAGAAAACUCACUGGUUGCUUUCAGUGCCAUAGGUGAAGGCUUCCACAACUACCACCACACCUUCCCCUUCGACUACGCCACCAGUGAGUUCGGCUGCAGGCUCAACCUCACCACCGCCUUCAUAGACCUCAUGUGCUUUCUGGGUUUGGCCUCAGACUGCAAGAGAGUGUCGAAGGAGAUGAUAGCAGCUCGCGUACAGCGAACGGGUGAUGGCAGCUACAAAAGUGGCUGAGCAACACUCAAUUAAAAUUUAUGUAUUUGAUACAAACAUGGCGAACUAAGACAGUACAUAACAACAGGCAUAGCAGCAAUUCAGUAGUGCAGGAUGAGGUGAUUAUCAUACUUUUGACUACACUUUCAACCUCUUUCUGAGACUAAUAUCAGCUUUGUAUAAAUUGUGUGAGUCUCUUUUAAGGUUUAAAGUGUCCUCACCAACUAUUAGCCAUGGCCAACUACUUGGCUACUUGUGCAAGCACAGCUUUUGUUGCCAUAACACGGGUGCACACAGAAUGAAAUAUAAGAUUUAAGUCCCUUUGGUGGUAGAAGGACAACCAAACAAGUCUGUGUGAGUGGUGUUUAAAAGUAGUAAUUACAGAAUGAUUUAAUCUUUAUCUAAUUUGUAAGUGUGCUACUUAUUAAAUCUAUGUUUGGCACUUUAAAGCUUUAUUGAAACUUCCUAAACUGUGAGGUUUCUCUACAGGCAAGAUUUGAAGCCUUUUUGCUCUUACGUCUGUCAGAAGUGCUUUGUUUCAGCUUAAUUUAGCCUUUUAAAAGCAAUGGUUGUCCAUAUCUUUGGUAAGCUGGUAGUCUUAUUAAACCCUUAGCUGCUGUAAAGCACCAAGACGGUAUUCUAUAACAACAUCAAAGUUUAUUAAACCCAGGGUAAAUACAGUGAAGAUGCAGAAUACUAGGGGUGCAACUGAUCACAAAUCUCUUGGUUUGAAUCAAAUCACACACUUUUUUGUCACGAAUCGGAUCAUUUUUUGAAUCAUCAGAAUUACUUAGCCAUGGUUGUGACUUUGCAAUUUGAAAGUACAUUAAAAGACGUUUCUUUUAAUCUAUUAAGUUACGCAGUGUAUCCAGUCUUAAAUAUACCCUUUACAGUAUUUCAGAUAAUACUAUCUCACUUUAAUCUUUACUUUUUAUUUAGAAAAAAGCUUUGACAAUUUAGUAUAAGCAACAUCAUCAUCACAUAGAUCAUUUAACAGCUGGUGUGCACCUGUUGUAUGAGUUGAACCAGGCUUGAAGCAUUAGCGUGCACUUAAGGAUUACAUCUUCGGUUUUUGCAGCAAUUGCAGUGCUGUUUAAGAGAGUUUUUGUAUAAAGUUAAGUUUACAUCUAAAAAACUACGGCAGGCCAUUUCGUCACACGUUAAGCUACUGAUUGUUGUUUAAGGUAAUCACAAGCUGAUAUCUCCAUGAUAAAUGCAGACACUAAUCCAAAGCACUGUUUGGCAAAAGAAGACAAACACAGAUAUAAACAUUUUAUGUCUUUUUGCGAAAAACUUGUAUAGCUAUAUAAAAAGCAAGCUGAACAACUGUAGAGUGAAUCUCCCUGGUGCGUAGGCACACUCCUUAAACACUGCUUUGUUUUAACUUAGAGUCUGCACAGUGAGUUAUUGGCAGUAAAUCUAUUUUUGCAUAUUGAAGAUAAAGCUUGCAUCAAUCAUGAAGAGUGUUUGUCAUAUGAAUUCUGCAUAUCUCAGUUUUUUAGUUGGUCAAAGCUUGUUGUGCAUGCAAGGGAUCAACAUAAGGCUCAAUGACUUUGACCUUUAACCUUCAAAAUCUAUUUAAUCUUUGAAUCAAAAUGCAUAUUUGUCCAAAGUUUAAAGAAAAUCCCUCAAAAUGUCCUUAAGCUAUCAUAAGCAAGGAGGAAAAUAUACAGUGCUGUGCAAAACUUUUAUGCAUGUUUAGGCCAAAAAAAAUGUAUGGUUGAAAGUAGGGCGUUGAUAUGGCGAAUAGGCCACCUGAGGGAACCAUUGGGUGGGAAAGAGGUUUGUUACAAAUUCUCUUGUGCUCUGGAUUUGUCUGUACAUUACCAGGGUUAUGGGAAUAUAAUCUGUUGAAAAAAUAACCAAGCCCACACCUCUAGGGUGGAGUAAGGGGUUUAUGUGGUGAGUAUGAAUGGCAUAGGGCACUGCCAGGGUGGGUAUGAGGCUUGCCACAAGCCCCUGGUCUUGUUAUUGACAUCCCAAGGGCCUGAAUACUGCUAGUGAAAUCUAAUGGUUUUGUCCCUGAGUCAGAGUAGUCUUCUGUGUAUGGCUUGAAAAAAAAAACAUGUUCUUGAGAUAUUGGGUUGACAAGUAAGGGAUGGCCAUAUGGCCUAAUGAUCUUGAUGUUUGACCUUGAAAAUCGAAUCAGCUUAUCCUUGAAUCAGAGUGGACAUUUGUGCAAAGUUUGAAGAAACUUCACCGAAGCAUUUUUGAGAUAUCACAUUCAUGAGCAAGGGGUGAACAUAAGGCCCACUGACCCUGAUCUUUGAUCUCUGACCUCCAAAAUCUAACGGUUUUGUUCUGAGUCUGAUUGAACAUUUGUGCAAAGUAAAGAGAAAAUCAGUAAAUUUAGUUUGAUGAUGCAUUUAGCGAUGAUCCGUGGAUCAUACACGUUCCAAACCAAAGGGAUAGUCCAUUUGACUCCCAGAUUCUGUGAUCAGUUGCACCACUACUGAAUACUUUCUAUGGGUCACUCUAACAACCACAUACUGCCUCUAACUGCCUGAGAGGCUCCCAUUAGGUGUUUUGCUAUCAGCAUACAUCUCUGAUUAAGUAGUAAAGAAGCCUCCUGUUCUGUUAAUACUCUGAACUGAAACAGACAGAUACUUCCUGUUCAGUUUGAAAAGAGGGAAUUGUUAAAAAAAAGUUCUAUAUUUGAAAGAACACUCAGAUACAUAGUUUUCCCCUGAAAGGGCCAAUGAGGCAUGAGCAGGAGGUGUGUUUACCUUUUGUACCAUGCAGUAUAAUGACAUGUGCCAGGACUUUAUGCCUUAUGAGGGUUUUGCACCGGUUUAAAAACUAAAAGUGCAGAUUUGGGAACUUAAAUUUUCUCUCUAAUCAAAGUGGUUGGGUCUCUGUAUUUAUUUAAACUGAAAUCUUUAUUUAUAAACGAAAGGCAGAGACCAUUCAACAGAUUUUUUUUUCUUUCGAUUUACUUGUGUAUCAAAUCUUACACUAUAACACUGUCCAGACCUGCCAUGAAAUCAUUGAUGAAACUGUUGUAAUAUUUGUCAAACUCCCUCCUUUAAAGAGAAACAGUUUUAUACAGUGAUAACUACCUGAAGUUCAAAUGCCUUAAAAAUGGCUCUUUUUCAAAGAAUGUUUUGCCCUCUGUAUGUACCAAAAAAUAAACCAAAUUUUCUACUUGUUA